ACCGGCCAUGUUGAUUUUGUGAGAGAGAUCAUGAAUCAGGUGCCUUCAUUUGCGCAAGAGCUUAACAAAGAUGGUUUUGCCCCAAUUCACCUGGCAACGGCUGCAGGGCACUUAGAAGUAGUGAGAGAGCUUUUGAACAAGGGGGAUUCCGACCUGUGUUUGUUGAAGGACAAAGCAGGGAGAACGCCAGUCAAACAUGCGCAGCCACGAAAGGGAGGAUCCAUAUCAUAAAUGAGCUGCUAUCAAAGUGUCCUCAUCAAAAAGCCAUGGAGCAAGUGACUCUUAACGGUGAAACUGUUUCACACUUGAUGGUGAAGAACAGUCAAUAUUUGAAGCAUUCAAAGUCCUGUUUCAAGCAUCAAAAAAGCUAGAGGAUCAUGAGGGGCGAGUAAAUGCAAAAGAUAAUGAAGAUCUGGCUGUUUCCUAUUGCUUCGAAGCGCCAAUCAUUGUUCGUAGGUUCAAGUGAAGGAAUUGGACGAACGGCAUGUUCUGGAUAGUAUCUGUUGGGCAUUGACGAUAUCGACGACUACGUUUAGGCAAAUGAAGGGGAGGGAUCAUUGCCUUGGGAGAAGGACAAGCAUGUUUAUGAUCUAAUGGAGAAUAACAAUUGGGCAGUUUGAGCAAAUUGCUUUGAGGAGGAUUGUUGUUUAUCUGUACUUCUCUUGGUUCUUACCUUCCUCCAACAACUAGAAGCUGGGAGGGGUUGAAACCUGAGGGAGAGCACUUAGGGGGUAUUGGGUUGGAUGUUUCGGAAGGCUGCUUUAUAGGACAUGAAUGAUGAAUUGAAGAUGGUAAUGUUGUGUUGCAGCUUGCUUUGUUUUUUCUUCUCAUCUCUGUUUUAAUGGAGGUGAUGGCCUGGGUUUGCUUGGAAAUUAUAAUUUGUGAAGAUUAGUUUAGUUUUUUUAACUAUUUGGUGUCUCAGAAAACAAAUGAAAAUAUUAAUGAUAA